AUGACGUCGUUUCCCGGCUUUUUGGAACUCCCGGCAGAACUUGUCACGAACAUAUUGCAUGAAUUGGAUGUAGCUUCGAUGCUUACGACCGCCCGCGUAUGUUCAUUACUGAGGGACCUCAUUGCUGGAUCUACAGCUUUGCAAUACAAGAUAGAACUCAAACGGCUGGGAAUGGUCCAUUUCUCGGGAGGCCUGACAGCUGCCCAGUGUAAGGAAAGGUUGCAAGCAUACCAGACUGCCUGGGAUUCAUUGAAAUGGAAUGAAGAGUGCGCUAUCCCGAUGUCCCCAGCUCCGAUGACCUGGGAACUUCAAGGAGGGGUUUUGGCCCAGGCAGAGAAUCAUACUUCAUUUUCGUUCAGUAGGCUACCGGCCCCAACCCGCGGGAUAUCUACUCUUGAAUGGCGCAUCGACGACGUAGAUGUCGAGGCACGCGAUUUCACUAUUGAUUGCUCACAAGAUCUGCUUAUCAUUGUGGAAGAGGCAGUGCACGUGGGUACCGUGCUAGAGAUUGUUUGGGUCCAUUUUCGUACAAUGUCUACCGGUAAAAAGCAUCCUCACGCCCUCUCAGAGUCCAAGGUGUCACAUCGCCUCGGGGUGAUACCGGACUUUGGCGUGUCCUAUGAGCUAGCUGUCUAUGGCGAUUAUGUGGCAGUCCAGUUCCGAGCGCCCCGCCGCGGUUCCAGUUGGAUAACGCGAUCGCCCAGUGAGCUCGUAGUCUGGAACUGGAAAACGGGCAACAUGCACUUUAGCAUAAGUGGUGCAGAACUGCGUGCAUUCUCGUUCAUCAAUGAUACCUACAUCCUCCUGGGGCUUCUCCAGCAUCCACAGAUUGAUUCGGAACCCAGCCUCAUGAUCCUAGACAUGAACAAGACAGCGGCCGACAAAACAUCGGCGAAUCCCGUACCCUUGCAUGAGUUACAACACCACAUUGCCCUGUUCCUCCCUCCGCUCAUACAAUCCGCGGACUGUGUGGAAAUACGCAUUCGCAGCGACCCCGUCAUCCCUACGUAUGCGACUCCGUUCGAUCGCCAGCCACCUUUCACCGUCGACCCUAGCGACCGACUCUUCGUCGUCUCAUUCUGGAUCCAAGAUGAUCUUGAAGCUAACGGAUACACGUUAUUCCUGCCCUUGUCUACUAUCAUUCCAUACGCCGCGUUGCUGAGCCGUUCUAAGCGCCGCACCGUAGAAUGGUCCAUGUGGGGACCGGAUGGAACAAGGUUGAUUCCAAUGCCGGAACUGCAAUCGAACGUGUGGGUCUGCUACGUCCAUGGCAUGCGGUAUGUCGUGCGUGGCGGGCGUCUUGAACGCCACAACUCUUUCACGAUCUACAAUUUCAAGCGUCGCCACCUUCGGUCCCAUGAUCACACAGAAUACGAUUCACCAACAAUCCAGACAAUGCCUACCAUUAUAUCGGACAUGCAUACCUUUGAGGACUCUGUGAUCACGCGAUUACCUUACUGGACAUCAUCUACAACCCUAGUCCCCGAUGGCAAUCCGUCCGCGCUUCCACCCGUGCUAUUGACGGAGGACGCUCUCGUCUUCGUGCACCAGAAUGUAGGUCAUGAAUAG